AAUAUACAGAAGAAGAGACGGAACUCGUUUGGAACGGUCGUCGUGUAGCUCAGACUUCUGGGAAAGUGUGUUAAACGCGUAUGAAACAUUUUUAACAGCUGAUACGGGCACAGUCGAAAUGGACAUAACUGAACAGAUUGAGCAGUUGGAAGCCGACUUGCAGGAGUUGGGCUCUCUCUUGGAGAAGGCAGAAAGAAAAAGAGUGCAGGAACUCUUAAAACAAGAGCAGAAGAAGGUGGAGAAGGAACUCACAACCAAACGGCAGCAAAAAGAGCAACGGACUAAAAGAGAGGCAGACCCAUCUGCGUCAUCUAAAGCAGGGUAUACAGUGAAGAUCACCAGCUAUGCAUGGGACCAAUCUGAGAAGUUUGUUAAAAUUUACCUGAAUCUAAAUAAUGUGCACAAAAUUCCAUUAGAAAACGUGGAGACCGACUUCACAGAAAGGUCAUUGUCUGUGCUGGUAAAGGAUCUAGAUGGCAAAAACCAUCAGAUAACAAUUCUGAAUCUGUUGCAUCCGAUUGAUGGAAAGGACAGCUACAAAAAGAUAAAAACAGACAUGGUCUUGAUCAUGUGCAAGAAACAGACAACCAAGAAGUGGGAGUGCCUAACAGCAGUGGAAAAGCAGUCUAAAGAGAAGGAUAAACCCAACGUGGACGGGACUGCAGACCCCAGCGACGGUCUGAUGACCAUGCUGAAGAAGAUUUAUGAAGACGGAGACGACGAGAUGAAGAGAACUAUCAACAAAGCCUGGUCAGAGUCCCAGGAGAAGAAGAUAAAGGGAGAGGGCAUGAUGGACCUUUAAACACUGCUGAUUUCCCCACAGCCGGACCAAACCCCCUCCUGAGGACCACCUGCAGGCGUGACUUAAAUAUUGGAAAACGAAGUGCAAAAUAUAAAUCCCAUAAUGUGUCAUGCAUAACGGUGAAGCCCUGAAUGGCCUGAGUUGUUUUUUGUUUUUUUUUCCAUCCCCACUAUCUGUCUCUAAACAUAAAAAAGAGAGCGCUGUCCAGCAGAUGGCGUCUGUAACUCAGCCGCUCCUCCCUGCUGUUGCAAGAUUCCAACACUUGGGAGUAAACUGUAGGAGGCGCAGUCCACUUCCCUUUCUUAGGGGAUUUUCAAACACACGUGGGUCUUUUUUUUUUAAUCUUCUCAACCUUUUAUACAUCUUCUGCAUUCCGUUUGAAACAAAUGAUGGCAGCGUGCAUCAUCUUGGCGUAAUAAUCAACAUAAUCAACAUGUCUGUUAAUUUGUUUAAAAGAAGUUAAGGAAACUUCUUUUUUUUUUACAUUCCAGUCCUAAGUUAAAUGGGAUACAUCUGUGUAAUUCCUUUAGUGUGACUUUUUCAGUGUAAUGUCAAGUUCAAUUUGUGAUGUAAUAUUGUGAAAAUGUGUUUCUUAUAUUGGUGGUUACUUUUACUCUGGCUACUGUCGUCUUCCAUCCUUGUUCCACAGCUUCCAACAAAUAAAACUGCUUACGAAUCAGA